CUUAAGUCCGGUCACUAUAAAUUCACCCUCUGACCCGUUACAGUAUGCCUUUCUCAAUCCCUUUAAAAAAAAGUGUCUCAAUGCUUAAUGCCCACAGCCAUAAAACCAAGUGUUUAAGCGUUUUCACAACUGGUCCUCUACAUGCAGGACUUUUGAACGGAGGCCUUAAUUAAUCAUAGCCCACAAACGCAGAGGCACCACGGUGACAGUUAUGUGGCUCUGAGACCACCAUCCGCGAGAGACGCACAACAAAAAAGCGCACCUCCCCACCAGGCAGGCUCCUUGCGCAUUCUCCAUUUGAAUAUUAUGAGAAUUCGAAAAUAAAAUAAAAAUGUAAAGAAACACGAUGACCCCUCGACAUCCUAGUGGAUCUAUAUACUACCACACAGAUUCCCAUAAACCUAUGCAGUAUGUGUAAUAUUAAAAUAUAUACAAUUUUAUAAGAGGGGGAAUCCUUAUGAUUUAGAGAGGCAUACGUUUAGAUCAAGAGGUUACAGAGGUUACACAACACACAUGGUGUUUUUAAUGGGUUAAGCCAUGCCUUACAUGGGGCGGGGAUUCAUGUGGGGCCUGCAUAACCUAACAUAACCUUGAUAAGCAAAGCUGGGACACAACAACACAUAACAGCUUUAGCAAAACACGCACAGGCACACACACACACACAAAGACUCUUAGUCUGAGGCUGACUCUUUCAACUUUCUCUGAACCCAUGGUGCGUGUGUCUGUGUUUGUGUGUUCAUCCGUUAGUAUUUGAUCUGCUAGUGAAUGUUGUGACUGCAAUUCCUAUCAAAUUGACUUCAAUAAUUUAAUGAAGCCGUUCCUUUGAAGUCAAUGGCAACAACUGAGAGGCGACUUGUUGUGAGAGCCUCUACAAUGAGGAGUGGAGUGGGAUCAUCACCUGAGGGAAUUACUUUUUGUUAAGUCCGGAUCUGUGGGACUUUACAUCACACUUCUUAGAGUAGCUAAUCUCAGAUAGCAAUGCCCCUCUCUGCCUGUGUGAGCACCCUGUCAGUCACCUCAUAGAGUGGCGUUUUUUGCCAGAGCUACUCAGAAGAGUGUGACAGACUUUCUUAGGUGGUGUGGCGGUCUCUCUGUACCCAUAAUGCUGCUCGUUGCCUCUCAAUCCAAUGCCUCAUCCUACCUGAGACCACCGCCCCAGGGCGAGGAGAUCCUAUCCCGCGGCGGCUACAUCACUCUUGCGGUCAUCAUGGCAGCCUUCACACUGCCCGCCAUAGUGCUGAAUGCCACGGUGAUUGUGGUGUCCCUCAUGAACAAGCAGCUCAGGCAGCCUCUGAACUAUGCCCUGGUCAACAUGGCCAUUGCUGACCUGGGGACGGCAAUGACUGGCGGGAUUCUGUCCGUGGUGAACAACGCUAUGGGUUAUUUCUCCCUUGGACGGACCGGCUGUGUCAUGGAGGGAUUCUCUGUGUCCUUCUUUGGUAUCACAUCGCUGUGCACGGUAGCUCUAAUUGCAGUGGAGAGGAUGUUUGUGGUGAGCAAGCCACUAGGACCAAUCUCUUUCCAAAGGAAGCACGCGGCAUGGGGCGUGGCCUUGUCAUGGGCGUGGUCUCUUAUCUGGAACACCCCGCCCCUGUUCGGCUGGGGAAGGUACGAGCUGGAGGGAGUGCGGACGUCAUGCGCCCCCGACUGGCACAACCGCGAUCCUGUUAAUGUCUCCUAUAUCCUGUGCUACUUCCUGCUGUGUUUUGCAGUGCCAUUGCUCAUCAUUGUGGCUUCUUACUUAAAACUGAUGUACACCUUACGACAGGUCUCCAAGAUGGGCAUGGGAUGUUUGGCAGGGGGCGCCGCAGCCCAGUCGGAGGCCAAGGUGGCCCGCAUGGUGGUUCUGAUGGUGCUCACGUUCUUGAUCAGCUGGCUUCCCUACGCCACCCUGGCCCUGGUAGUGGUCGCUGACCCCGACGCCCACAUCAGUCCCCUGCUGGGUACAGUCCCGGUCUACCUGGCCAAGAGCAGCACACUGUACAACCCUGUCAUCUAUCUUUACAUGAACAAACAGUAACGACCCCAGAGCAAGAAAAUGCCUUGCUCAGGGUCAGAAGGACAGGUGUUUCACUUUGCCAGCUCAGGGAUUGAACUGAACAAUCUGUUGGCCACUGUUCAGACUCUCCGACCACUAGGCUACAUGCCGCCCCAUCUCUGGGAUGACAAGUGAAUACGAUUCUCCCUAUGACGGACCUGAAACCCGUUUAACGGUCCACAGGUUCCAUCUGGUGGAGAUGAGCGAAAUGGUUCUUUCUGCUGACGUUAGCUCAGGGCCUGCUGAUGUUCUGCGUUGACUGGAUGUCCUUUACACUUGGAUGUCCUUUAAGCUGCUGUUUAACCUGCACACAUGUUCUAUACAUUGUCCUUAAAAUCGAAGCCAUUCAUACAGUGACAUUGUGUGAUGACG